GGUGCGCGCAUGCGCUUUGGCAAAGCAGUCGGGUGGUUGUUGCAGCUCUGCAGCAGUCGCGGAGGCCUGAAGCGAAACGUUAGGAGCUGAGGGCGUCUAGAGCAGCCUGCUGACGUGAUGGCUUGGAGGUUUCUGAGAGACUUCUCAUGGGAAUUGGAUCCUGCUUUGUAUGGAGACAAGCAUUACAAUGUUUUUACCCGCGAAUUUUAUCCCAGCGUAGAAGAUAUUAUGGGAAUUGUUACUUCAGGGAUUGAUGAAGAUAUAGAUUCAGCAGUGUUAUUUGGAACUUUGCAAGGAAAUGUAGUUGGUUUACGGUAUUAUACUGGUGUGGUCAAUAAUAAUGAAAUGGUGGCUCUCCAGCGAGAACCUAAUAAUCCAUAUGAUAAGAAUGCUGUAAAAGUAAACAAUGUGAAUGGUGAUCAAGUAGGCCAUAUAAAAAAAGAACUGGCAGCUUGCUUGGCUUAUAUCAUGGACAACAAAUUGGCAGUAGUGGAAGGGGUUGUUCCUCGUGGAGCAAAUAAUACUUUCACUAUGCCAGUGCAAUUGAGCUUUUGGGGAAAAGAAGAGAAUAAGCAAGUGGUUCUAGAAAGACUAAAAAUGCAUGGAUUAAAGUUAGCACCUCCAGGAAAAUUUUCAGAGUUUGGUUUUGAGACUGGCAUGACAUCUGGCAGAGGUAGAACACGUUACAAUGCUCCAAGCCAUGGUGCUAUCCAAAUGACAACUGAACAGCUUAAAACCGAAUUUGACAAACUUUUUGAAGACCUGAAAGAAGAAGAUAAGACCUGUGAAAUGGAAGCAGCAAAGGCUGUUAUGACUCCUUUACUGCCACACCAGAAGCAAGCUUUAGCUUGGAUGAUUUUGCGAGAGAACAAUAACGAUCUUCCUCCGUUUUGGGAAGAACGAAAUGACUUCUUCUACAAUACAAUUAUACAUUUUGCUGAAAGAAAUAGACCAGAAAAUGUGCUCGGAGGAAUAUUGGCAGAUGAUAUGGGACUGGGCAAAACACUUACUAUGAUUGCAGUAAUUCUUACCAACUUCCAUAAUGGGAAGCCUCUUCCUCUUGAAAAGAAAAUUGAUCAAAUGGAAGAGGAUUGUGGCUUGCAGCAGAAUGCUUCUAAUUCAAAAGAGGAAAGUGACUCUUUUCCCUCACAAUCUUCCAGGUCCUAUCCAAAAAGAGUUACUGGCAAGAAAUCAAAAUGCACAAUAAGCUGUGACACAGAACCUGAGCAGGAAGUUGCAGAACAAAUAAAAACUAAGGAAAAAAAACCAAAAUCAAGAGCAAGGAAAAGAAAACUAGAUGAUGUUCCUGUACAACCAAAGAAAAAUGAAGUUGAUAAUGUUAGAGGAACGCUGAUAAUUUGUCCUCUCUCCGUCCUAAGUAACUGGAUUGACCAACUUGAACAACAUGUUGAUCCAAAUAUUCAAUUGAACACUUAUGUUUACUAUGGCUCAGAACGGAACAAAGAUCUGAUAGUACUUUCCAAGCAGGAUAUCGUCUUAACAACUUACAAUGUUUUAGCUACUGACUACGGGGGCAGAGAUAACAGUCCUUUACAUAAAUUAAAAUGGCUGAGAGUUGUGUUGGAUGAAGGUCAUACAAUACGAAAUCCAAAUGCUCAACAGACAAAAGCUGUUCUAGAUUUGAAUGCACAAAGAAGAUGGAUCUUGACAGGCACACCUAUUCAGAAUUCUUUAAAGGACUUGUGGUCUCUCCUUUCCUUCUUAAAGUUGAAGCCUUUUACAGACAGAUUGUGGUGGCACAGAACAAUCCAGCGGCCUGUCACUAUGGGAGAUGAAAGAGGGCUUAAGCGUUUACAAUCUCUAAUUAAGAGCAUUACGCUUCGAAGAACUAAAACGAGCAAAGUUAAUGGGAAGCCAGUUUUGAAGCUCCCAGAGCGUAAAGUAUUCAUUCAGCAUAUUACACUUACAGAUGAAGAGAGUGCUGUUUAUCACUCUGUGAAAAAUGAGACUAAAGCUGCUCUAAGCAGGUAUUUUACUGAGGGAAGUGUUUUGGCCCACUAUGCUGAUGUUCUUGGUGCUUUGCUCAGAUUGAGACAAUUGUGCUGUCACCCAUCUCUCUGUUCCAGUGUCUCUCAAUCCAGUUCUCUAGAAAGUACUUCUGAAGAAUUCCGUGACAUGUUAAUACAGAAGAUGAAGUUAGUUCUAAGCUCUGGUUCAGACGAAGAAUGUGCUAUUUGCUUGGAUUCACUGGUUGAUCCCAUAAUAACCCACUGUGCCCAUGUGUUCUGUAAGACCUGCAUUUGUGAAGUCAUCCAAAGAGAAAAGGAUUAUGCAAAAUGUCCUCUUUGUAGAAAGGAAGUUUCAGCAGAACAUUUAAUAGAAUGCCAUUUGGAGGAAACUCAUGAUGAAAAAAAUAAACAGCAAUGGCCAUCUAGUUCAAAGGUCAAUGCAUUGAUGCAUGCUUUGAUUGAGCUAAGAAAACAAAAUCCAGCUAUUAAGAGUUUAGUUGUUUCACAGUUCACAAAAUUUCUGUCUGUAAUAGAAACUUCACUAAAGGAAUCUGGAUUUGUCUUUGUCCGCUUUGAUGGGUCUAUGAAUCAGAAACAAAGAGUAGAAGCAAUUCAGCAGUUCCAAAACAAUGAAACUGGGUCUCCAACUAUAAUGUUGUUAUCAUUGAAAGCGGGUGGAGUUGGUUUGAAUCUGACAGCAGCUUCCCGGUUUUUAAUGGAUCCUGCUUGGAAUCCUGCUGCAGAGGACCAGUGUUUUGACAGAUGUCAUAGACUUGGGCAGAAACAGGAUGUUAUCAUCACCAAGUUCAUCAUAAAGAAUUCUGUGGAAGAAAAUAUGCUUAAAAUCCAGAACAAGAAGAGAGAACUUGCAGCUGGAGCCUUUGGAACCAAAUCUUCUACUGGUGAAACAAAAAUGAAUGAAAUCAGGACUCUGAUGGAUAUGUAAUUUAAAAUAUUGGAACAAAUUCAGCUUUAAAAAUAAGUUGAUGUUAUACGUUCAGAAAACAUAAUACUGAAAAAUAAUAUUUUUAAUAAUUGCAAGGUAUUUUUGCAAACCGCAAAUGAGGAAUCAUUAAUAUACAUACUCUUAUUGGGCAAGUGGUCCAGAUCAGUAACCAACUUUAGUGUAGUAAACUCAAGUCUAAAUGUUCAGUUUCUAUAUUAAGAGCAAAGCUUCAUUACAGUUGAAUGUAUACAGUAUAUAUAUUGUCAAAUGAUGUUUUUGAUUUUUUUUAUGUAAACACCUGAAUUAUAAAAAAUUUUUUUGCUUGAAUUAUAUCUACAUCUGUUACAAGUUAACUUAUAACUUCUGAAGUUUUUCACACUGGAGUUUAAUGUUAUUAUGUAUUAUGUUUUGUAUAGACUAUGUAUUAGCAAAUAAAUAGAACAAAGCUUACAAAUGAAAAAAGUGCAUAUACCAGCAAUGGCAUUCCUGUCAGUUCUGCCCCAUGUUUUGCCCCAAGUUAGAAGCUUCUGAAAAGGGAUUCAAAAUGUGUUAAACUGAACGCAGACUUCAGUAAAAUAUCAGGCAUAUAAACUUACUUUAUGCCUGCAUUUGGUUUGUGUUUAUUGAAAAAUAAGGAAUCAUUUGAACUGUUUUUCUGCUAUCGAUCGUAAUGUAAAACUAUUGUGUUUCUAGUUUGAUUUCUAGGCAAAUAAAUUUUUUAUCAAGA